CGAGCGAGCGAGCCCCAUUCAGUCCGCCGAUUUGGCUCUUUUGCACCUGUGCAAGUGUGUGUUUCUCCCGCGGUGCGUGCGUUCGUGUAAGUGUGUGUGCGUGAGCGGGGAACUGGUGCACUGGUAUUGGGGCAUCGGUGAGUGGGGCGCGCGCGCGCUUUUGCAGCCGCAGCAUCGCAGUCGGCGUCGCUGCUGGCGCUGACGUCGAAGCCGACGUUUGUUGUUCGGUGUUUGCGCCUAACAAACACUCGCAGCGGUUUUUGUGCUGACUUUAGAUUUUAGUUUUGCUGAUACCGUAAGAGAUAAAUGACGUGCCGCGGCGAGCGACGAAUUAGCGGCCCAAAACAGAGAAAAACUGAACAGCCAAAACACACACAGAAUACCAGAGAAACAGAAGCAAGCAACAAGCAAAUGUUUGACCCGCGGGAAAACAAAAUGUAAUAGCUAAUGUAGCAAAAUGUGUUUAAGUUUAAGCCAGAAAGUUAGCAUAUAAAAACGUCCACAAUUAGUGCAAAAAAGUUCAAAACCUGAUCAAUUUUCGAAAUCAAACAAAUACCUCAAGCGUAAAGAAGUAACAAUAAACCAACAAGCAAACAAACAAACAAGCAACGAACCGAGUGCAAAAACUUAGUGCAAUUUCUUUAAUAAGAAAAUUUGAAGCCCCUAAAAAAACAGACAUAAGAAUCAUGUCUAGAGUGUAGAACGUUGCGUAUACGCAAUAUCGCCAAACCCAUUAACGCAGACAUCACGCAUACGCCGCGUCGUGCAAAAUGAUUAUGGUGCAACAUUUGGUGGCCGCCUCGGCGCACAACUUUGCAAGCCAGGCGGCGGCAUCGCUUGUCAAUGUGUCCAGCUCCAGCUCUAGUUCCAGUUCGAGUUCCUCGUCCUCGCUGUCGCUGUCUUCAUCCUCCUCCAGCUCCUCGCUGUCCUCGGCCACGCCCACGCCGGUGGCCUCGCCCGUGACGCCCACAUCUCCACCGCCGGCAGCCGCCGCACCCGCAGAAGCCUCACCGCCAGCAGGAGCUGAGUUGCAGGAGGAUGAGCAGCAGUCCAAGACUCUGGAGGAUCCUACUGUGAAAGACGAAGACAAGAUGGAAAAGUCGAGGCAGGAGGUGAAGGAUCCAGUUAAUGGGGAGGAACCAGGUGCCAUAGUUGAUACCGAGUCAGUGAUGGCGCGGCAAAGUCCAAGUCCAGUUGCGUCCACCAAAGUCCCCGAGUCACUAGAAGAGAUUUCCAAUAAAUCGCCGCCCGUUCAAGAGGAUGAAGAGGAGUCUGAGUCCGUAGCCUCCGACUGUCGCGAGUUCAAAGUGCUCUAUAAUCACCUAAGGCAGCAGCAACACCACCACUCUCCCUCCUCGCCAGACAAGACGCGCAGCACCCUGGACGACGUGUCCAAGAUCCUCUGGGAGCGAAAGCAGCAGCUGCAGCGCAGCUCAGUGAUUACCGCAGCGCCCACUCUGCAGCCGCAGCAGCACCAACAGCCCAUGAGUGACAUCGAGGACGAGGAGACUCUAGAGGAUGUUGAUGACGCGGAUGCGGACGUGGAGGCGGACGCCGAGGACGAGGAGCUGCUGGAGCAGUACCAGAACGGCUACGACUCGCCACUGGAUCUGUCGCUGGGUGGAGCCACCAGUGCAGCCGCCUCAGCUGCAGCUGCCGCCUCGGCGGUCAGUCGCCGACGGGGACGCACCUACUCCGGCACGGAAUCCGACGACUCCGCGCAGUGCGAGCGGGCGAGGAUGCGACUCAAGCCGGAACGCAAGGCGGAGAGAUCGGCGGCCUACAAGAAGAGCUUGAUGAAGCGAUAUUACACCGAAAUUCCUAUUGUCAAACAAUCGACGAGUCCGGCACCGCAGCAGCAACUGCAGCAGCAGCACCACCUGCAACAGCAGCAGCAGCAGCCGCACAACGGGUCCACCUUCGCCGGCGCCACCGCUCUGCUCCACAUAAAGACGGAACAGAAUGCGCUGCUCACUCCGCUCCAGCUGCAGCAGCAGCAACAACAGCAGCAGGGUCUACACGGUGCGGCAGGCAACGGAGGCAGCAGCAACGGCAACAAUGCCCACCAGCAGCAACAGCCGCUGGCCAUCCCGCAACGCCCGCUGCUCCACAAUCUGCUUAGCGGCGGUGCCAUCCACAAUCCGCACCACAGAAACUACACGACGGCCACAACAGGUUCAUUUCCGCCCAGUCCCGCGGACAGCGGCGUCUCCGACGUGGACAGCUCCAGUUCCGGCGGCCAGCCCUGCGCCGACGAGCUGAAGGCGCGGCUCGGGAUGCCACCAGCCACCUCGGCGUCGGCAGCGGCCGCGGCAGCAGCGGCGGCGGCGGCAGCGGCACACCUGCACACGGGCACCUUUCUGCAUCCGAAUUUAUACCAGAACAACGCGGCGAAUUCGCUGCGGAACAUAUGGAAUCGCAGUGUUGGAGUGCCUGACAACUACUACGGAAGCAGUGGCGCCGGCAGUGGGGGCACCCAGCCCGGUGGUCCAGGAAACCCCCAAACGCCUGGCUACCUGACAACGUCCUACUUCAACGCACCGACAGCGGCAACGGCAGCGGCGUCCCAGCGAGGAACCACAAUCAAUGGCUAUCAUUCCCUGCACCAGCAGCAGCAGCAGCAACAGCAGUCGCAGCAAUCGCAGCAGCAACAGCAACUGGCCCACCAGCAACUGUCGCAACAGCAGCAGCAGGCGUUGCACCAGCAACUGUCGCACCAACAGCAGCAGCAGCAACAGCAGCAACACCCGCACUCCCAGCUGAACGGUCCGCAUCCGCACUCACAUCCGCACUCCCAUCCGCAUUCGCAUCCGCACGCAGGCCAGCACACGCAUUCCACAAUCGCUGCAGCGGCGGCAGCAGCAGCAGCAUCUGUCGUCAGCAGCAGCAGCAGCGCCGUUGCAGCGGCAGCCAUGCUGAGCGCCAGUGCAGCGGCAGCGGCAACGGCGGCAGCUGCGGCGGGCGGAUCCCAGAGCGUUAUCCAACCGGCGACGUCCAGCGUCAGCUACGAUCUCUCCUACAUGCUGGAGCUGGGCGGAUUCCAGCAGCGAAAGGCGAAGAAGCCGCGCAAGCCGAAGCUGGAGAUGGGCGUAAAGCGACGCAGCCGGGAGGGAUCCACCACCUACCUGUGGGAGUUUCUCCUCAAGCUGCUCCAGGAUCGCGAAUACUGUCCGCGCUUCAUCAAGUGGACGAACCGGGAGAAGGGCGUCUUCAAGCUGGUCGACUCGAAGGCGGUGUCCCGCCUGUGGGGCAUGCACAAGAACAAGCCGGACAUGAACUACGAGACGAUGGGCAGGGCGCUGAGGUACUACUACCAGCGCGGCAUACUGGCCAAGGUGGAUGGCCAGCGGCUGGUCUACCAGUUCGUGGAUGUGCCCAAGGACAUCGUCGAGAUUGACUGCAACGGUGUGUGAAGUGACGAGGACGAGGAGGACGACGAGGCCUGUAAAUAUAGAUCGAUCCCAGAUCGCAGGCGGAUCGAGCUGGAAUGGCAAUAGGUUCUGGGUGGGGUAUAAAUCAACCGGCUAGCGGCAAUAGUGGCUGAAGGCCACGCGAGAUGGGGAUUUCUUUGUACAUGCGUUGAGUUUCUUGGUUAGUCAGCGAUAAGCGUAGGUUACACAUAGCUGAUAGUCCCAAUACGCGUACAUAUACUUAUAUAUAUAUGUAUAUGUAUACAUAUAUAUUCACACCCUGUGUCCUGUACCCUAUACAUACACCCAGCUAAAUCGGCGGUAAUUAAUGAUCAUGGACGUUAGUGUUGUACUUGUAACUGUAGAUUUAACUGUAAACUGUAACUGUAAUGAAUAUUGUUAUUAUUGGUUAUUAUUAUUAUUAUUAUUACUAUUACUAUUAUUAAUAUUAUAAUUAUUAUUGCUACUGCUAUGGCGGAAGGAAGAGGACGAAGGACGACCGAAUUGAUUCAUAUUGAUAUUCGAUAGAUGUGUGUAAUAUGUAAAUGAGUACGAACCCCUAUAGCUGCAAGAAUUUCUCUAUCUCUAUUGAUCUAAUGCUAAAUCUAAAUGUAUAUGAGUAUGUAUAUGCGUAGCCUAAUGCCCUUUCAACUGUCCCCUAGCCCAACCCGCUGCCCAAGGACAAGCUCAGUGCAGAGGAUAUGGGUCUAAGUAUGAACAUAUCUGCAGAUCUGAACGAUCUGCGCGGGUGUCUGUGCUUGGGCUAAUUGUUUUUGUUGCUUAUUUUAUAAACGAAGAGAGAUGGAAAUUUAUUAUUUCAUAGUUUUAGCUAUUUGUACGACUACCUUUAGGAUAUUUAUUUAAGUGUUUCUCCAGCUAAUCCCCCGAAACUUCCCCCAAAAAACAAAAACACACACACAUCCUAACUGGAGCUAAGAACCCAGCAAACUGGUGGUCUAAACUUUCUUGUAAUUAUUAUUUGAUAAGUUUUGUAUAUUUACAACAUCAACAGCAGAAAAGCUCACAGGAUAAACCCGAAGAAGGCACUCCUUGAGCCCCCGUUUAAGCAGUCUUAGAACACCAAACCAAACUCAAUUCUCUCGAUCUGAAGUUUAUUUAUAAGGCAUAAAGCCUAACUACCGUAUUCUUGUUAACGUCACACUGCCACAAAUCGAAACAAGCCUUACAUAAUGGAACAGAUCUGGAAAUUUAAUCGAACCGAACCGAGAUACUGACCCAUAGUUUCACCAAUACUGCAACCGCAAUCCUCAAUGCAAUAUACCGACAACUUCAACAACAACAAUUUCCAAACACUGCCCAAAACGUGCAAUCUCUUGAAAGGAUACCUUGAAUAGGAAAGAGAAUAAAACCAACUCCUAGUUCUUUAAUCUAAUUCUUUAAUAGUUGCGUUCUCUAAGUACCUUUAUCUAUUAUUAUUAUUAUGUGUACGUGAAGAUGAAAUCUACAAUAUAUCAUUUUGUUUAUGAUGAUUGGUGAUUGAUGAUGCAAAUAAACAAAGUGAGUCUUGAGUUCAACUCUGUUCAUUGUAAACAAUUUUUUAUGAUUAUUUUUUAUUUUUUAAAUAAAAUUAUUAUUUCAAUU